AUGUCGCCGCUCGAAUACAAGGAAGCGUUCGCGCUUUUCGACAAGAAGGGAACGGGGGCUGUGCAGCGAGAGGUUUUGGGCGAUCUUCUGCGAGCACUCGGCCAGAACCCAACACAGGCAGAGGUCGCGGAGAUCAUCGCGGGGGCACCACGGGAAGUCGACUACAAGUCGUUUUUGACGAUCCUCAACCGGCCAGACGGCUUUAAGCCUGCAGGAACACCAGAGGAGUUCAUCCGCGGCUUCCAGGUUUUCGACAAGGAGGGCAACGGCUUCAUCGGCGCGGGCGAGCUCCGAUACGUCCUCACACAACUGGGCGAGAAGAUGUCGGACGAGGAGGUUGACGAAUUGCUGAAGGGCGUACCAGUCGGCCCGGACGGAAACGUCAACUACGAGUCUUUCGUACGCACGAUCCUCAGCCAGUAA